GUCAGUCGGAGGUUUGGAGCCACAUGUUCUUGGAGAGCUUGACCUUGGAAUUUGUUUCAAUUUGAGCACCUUUGACAUUCUCAAUUGGAAGCUACAGAAAUUAGCUCUUUCAGUUUGCGCUUGGAAUUUUGUGUCAUUCUUCAGCAUUUUUAUGUUCUUCCGUAGCGUUUUUGCGAGUUUUUCCUCAAGCCACUCAGGGACGCUUUUUAGCUCAGGGGUGUCGGCAUUGCCAUGGCGCUCAAAUCUGGUGUAUUCGCUUGCCUCAUCCUUGCAUUGUGCGUGAGCUGCAACAACGUCAUGGCAGAGGAGAACUCCGGCAAGGAGACUGAGAAGGGCGGCAUCAUCAUCGGCCGCGGCCUCCCAAUUGAGACUGAGAAGAGUGGAGCGCCCUUCCUCCCUCGGUCGGAGAACCUCGAGGAGACUGAGAAGGGCGGCAUCAUCAUCCCCCGCGGCCUCCCAAUUGAGACUGAGAAGAGUGGAGCGCCCUUCCUCCCUCGGUCGGAGAACCUCGAGGAGACUGAGAAGGGCGGCAUCAUCAUCCCCGCGGCCUCCCAAUUGAGACUGAGAAGAGUGGAGCGCCCUUCCUCCCUCGGUCGGAGAACCUCGAGGAGACUGAGAAGAGCGGCAUCAUCAUCCCCCGCGGCCUCCCAAUUGAGACUGAGAAGAGUGGAGCGCCCUUCCUCCCUCGGUCGGAGAACCUCGAGGAGACUGAGAAGCGGGUCAUCCCAUGAUUGGCAUGAUGAUGGUUCACGUCUUGAGAAGGCUUGCUUCGCCAACAGGGCGACUUGCAAAACAGUGCUUGCUUCGCCACCAGGGCGACUUGCAAAACAGGGCUCUUGGCUGAUGCUUUUAUGAUUGACAAGGUCUGUAGGUAGCAAGGUUUCAGGGUGUCAAGUAGGAAUAGGACAUUGCUUCAAUAGAGCAUUGAUGCCAGUGAGCCUUCAAAAGCUUGACAUUCUGGCACCAACAAGGCACAAAACACAAAUCUUUUUCACUCCAUUUCGCCCC